AUGAGAGGAGGCUUUCUGUUGCCGCAACAGGGCCCACAGGCACACCCAGAGCGCCAUAAUAUCGACGGAGAUGCGCCCGAUAGCUCGUCCAGGCCGGCCAAGGAGCCGGCUAGUGCUACCACCCCAGCGCCGGUGCGCUCCCCGCUCGAGCCCGCUGCUGCCACCACCCCAGAGCAGGUGGCGGUGGGGCUGGCAGAAUGCCUAGACCUGCUGCGGGGCCCCACGGACGAACGAAGGUUUGUGGGCCUGCUGCUGGUGACCAAGCUGCUGCCGGCAGGGGAUGCGGCCACCAUCCGGAGCGUGCACCAGGCGGUGGGGCCCGCCUUCCUCACCCGCCUGCUGCUGCCGCUGCGCACCUCGGUGGCGCCGCCACCAGCCCUGCCCCCCGACCAGGCCACAGCCCAGCAGCAGCAGGAGGCGGCGCAGUGCGGCCUGGCGCUGGCGGUGCUUUCCAGUUUCUCCCGGGUGCCGGAGCUGGCAGGGUCUGGGGAUGUUGUGGAGAAGCUGCCGCUGCUGCUGAAUGUGGUGCGGGCCGGCGGCGUCACGCCGCUGCUAGCGGGGCGCUGGCCGCAGGCCAAGGCGGGGCCAGAGGAAGAGGCUGCCGACGCAGCAGCCGAUGCAGCAGCAGUGCAGGACGCCCUGGACUGUGUGGUGGCGGCCGCCCGCAGCGGCGCCGAGGGCCGGGCGGUGGCGGCAGAGUGCGGCGCGGUCGUGGCGGCGGCGGCGGCCCUGCAGUCAGCCUCGCCGUCGGCCACGCAGCAACUGUCGCUGGCGCUGCAGCUGGCGGCGGCGGCACUUGCGGAGGAGGGGCGGGACCAGCUGCUGGCAGACUCCCAGGCUCUGGGGCAGCUGCUGCCAGCCCUGACCCGCGCCUUUGCGCUGCCCGCCGACCAACUGGCUGCCGACGGCGGCAGCAGCCUGGCUGAGCAGCUGCAGCUGCGGCGGGCGCUGCUGGCGGUGCAGCUGGAGGCGCUGCACGUGCUGCUGCUGCUGCUGCCGCUGCCGUACCCUGGCUGCCUGCCCGGCGAACUGCUUGACCCGGGGGCGCGGUGGGGGGCGGCGGCGCGGCGCGGGCUGGCGCUCCUGCUGCGCGGCCGCAUCAGCGCCGUGCAGCGCCACUCCGCGCUGCAGCUGGCGGCCGCGGUGCUGGACCUGCUGGGCCCCGAGUGGCUGCUGGGCGGCGGCGGCAGCGGCGGCGACGACGGUGUUGGGGCCAGCGGUGGCGGCGGCGCCCAGGCAGUGGAUGCUGCUGAGGUGGCCGCUUUCUUCCAGCUGCUGGUGGAGGUUGUCAAGGUGGAGACGAGCGUGCUGCUGCACGAUGCGCUGGCGCCAGGCGUACCGGUACCGCUGGCGUCCGCCGCCGGUACCGCAGCCGCAGACUGGCUGCCGCCGGCGCCGCGCGCGCGCGCCGGCAGCAGCGCGGGCGGCUCUGAGGCCGGGGACAGCGUGCCCGACGCGGCGGGCGCUGAGCUGGCGGCUGACCUGGCGGGAGGGCCCGAGGGCGCCAGCGUGGCGGCUGACGUGGAGCCUCUGGUGCGGGUGCUGCACAGCGAGCAGGACAGGCGGCAGAUGGAGGAGCAGCUGCGGCGGGAGCAGGAGGCGGCGGCCGGGCGCCAGCCGCAGCAGGGCGAGUAUGUGCGGCGGGUGGACGAGACGCCAAUCCCCUCAGGCAUGCGGUGGGAUGGCCCCAGCGAGGCAUCGGGGCAGCGCGCCGCGCGGGUGCUGCCCUGCUGCUUUGCGCUGCUGGAGGCAGGCGUGGAGGCGUUGGCGGAGGACACGCAGGCGAGCGGCGGCCGCCGCUCGGAGGCUCUCCAGGAUGACGGCGGCGACUCGGACGGCGGCGGCGAGCCGCGGUCCCCACCCGAGGCUGUGGAGGUGGUGCUGCAGUUCAUCGAGCAGACGAGCUGCGAGGAUGCUGGGGAGGGCGGCGCCCGCCAGCCGCUCAUGCUGGCCGCGCUGCGCGUGCUGGCGCGCUUCUGUGCCGAGGUGCCCGACGCCUUUGCCGACCGCCUGCGCCCCCUGCUGCCCCUCCUGCUGUCGCUGCGAGCGGGCGAGCAGGGGGCGGAGGAGGGGGAGGAGCGGCUGCCCGUGCCGGCCGAGGGCGCCACCUUCCUGCUGCCGCUGCUGCUGCAAGUCUCCGACCCGGCCUUUGGCUCUGCGGGCGGCGAGCGGCGGCGCGAGGAGCACCAGCUGUGGCUGGAUGCGCUGGCCAGCCCCGCCACGCUGCAGCAGCUGGUGCAGUACGUGGCCGCCUGCGCCGCAGGCUGCGCCCCAGCAGUCACAGCGGCGGCGGUGGCUGCCGCAGACCACGCCCUCAUCAAUGCCUGCCACCUCCUGAUGAACCUGGUGUCGCCUGGGCCAGCCGCGCAGCAGCAGCAGCCCGCGGCGGCCGCCGCCAAGCUGCUGCGGCGGCGGCGCCAGCUGCUGGCCGCCGGCGGCACGCUGCGCCUGGUACACCGGCUGCUGCAGCUGGCGCGCUUCCGCCCGGUGGUGUCCCCGGCAGACUCCAAGCCUGGAGAGCUGGUGCAUGCUGCCAGGAUGCUCACCACGAUCGCGGCGCUGGUUGCGGCGGUGGCGGCCAGCGUGGCUGCUGAGCUGGAGCAGAACGGAGGCAGCCAGCCCGACGACGGCCUGCCCCUGCGCCUGCGCCUGAGCACAGAAGACCAGGCGCGGGUGGAGGCGAAGGAGGCGGAGGAGGAGGCGCGGGAGCGGAGCAGCCGCCGGCAGCGCGACCGCGGGCGCCAGGCGGCGGCGGCGCCGCCGCGCCUGCCCUUCCUGGGCCCGCUCAGCGGCCCCCGCAUGCACUACCUGUGCACCCAGCUGCUGUCGGCCAUGCAGGUCGCCGAGCAGCUGGCCUGUUCGGAGGCGCACCAAGCCCAGCUGGUGCCCACGGGCGGCACGGGGGCCGGCUCGCCGGCGGCCCGUCUGGCGGCCGCCAGGUCGGCGGUGGCGGCGGACCAGCCGCUGCGCCUGGAGCUGGCCGGCAACCUGGAGGUGGCGGCCAGCGAGGCCGCGGUGCUGGUGCGCAGCUACCCGCCGUUUGGGAGGAUGUGCAGGGAGAGCAACUGGGUGGCCGCAGAGAUGGCGCUGGCCAGGCGUCGGGCGCGGCGCGCGGCGGCGGCGCCGCCCGGCGCCCCUGCCGCCGCCCCCGCCGGCGUCGAGGAGUUGCCGGGCCUGAAGCUGUUCCUGGCGGCAGUGGCGGCGGGCUGA